AUGCAGUCGCCCAAAGCACCCUUUUUUAUCCUAGCAGGGGAUAGUACCACUGCUACCCAGUCUGCAAAUGGCGGAGGGUGGGGAGAUGGCUUUCUCAACACGACACUAUUCCAGGGGGCUGCUGGCACGAAUUUCGGUCACAACGGGGCUACCACAGUCAGUUUUCGCGCUGGAGGUGAUUGGGACAAGGUCUUGAAAACCGUUAGACAAGUCCGGGACCAAUACAUUCCUUUCGUCACUAUUCAGUUUGGUCACAAUGAUCAAAAGGCAACUGCAAACAUCUCGCUAUCACAAUACACAGAGAACCUUGAAACAUUUGUGACAGAGGUUUUUAAUGCUGGAGCCACACCAAUCCUGGUCACACCGUUAUCUCGACGAAACUAUCAGAAUUCUACGGGGGAUCCAUCUAUCAUCAUGAGUUUGGCCAACGAGACCGCCGCUACAAUCUCAGCUGCCCAUCACUCAGGCUCCAAGUAUAUUAAUUUGAACCAAGUCAGUACCAAAUAUCUGAAUGCAAUUGGGCCAACAAAUGCCUAUACAUACAACCUGAACGCGGCCGACUACACCCAUCUAAACGUGGCAGGAAGUAUUGUGUUUGGUGGAAUCGUUGCUCAACUGAUUGCUCGAGAUUUCCCAUAUUUGAGGAGGGAGGGAUAUCUCCGGAUAAACGAACAACUCAAGGAGGAUGUUGAUCGUGGGAUUUACUACUAUCCUUGA